AUGAAUCAUAGAACAAAAGCUCUUUCAUUAGCUGUUUGUUUAAAUCUUGUAGCAAGCUUCUGGGCAAUUAUAGCAUUUUUUGCGGCCCAAAGAAUAAUUGCUGCUAAUGGAAUUUCCGGAAUUUCCUCAUUUUAUGAGGGUUCUCUCUCAUAUUGCACCAUCAUUUAUAUAGGUUCAGUUAUUAUCAUUACUGUAUUCUUAUUCGUUAAGAGAUUAUGGUCUUUGAUAAUCUCAGGAAUUUUCACAAUUUUAAUCACUAUAUUUUGCAUCAUAUUAUUCUCUUUAUAUCUUAGUAAGAAAGAAGAAAUCGUUGAAUCAUAUCAUUACGUCUUCGAAAAUCCAGAUUAUCUUAAAUUCGGUCUCAAAAUCCAAAAUAAUUUUUCAUGCUGCGGAUGGGAGAAUGCUACAGAUGUUCCAGAUGAGCUUUCUUGCACAGGAAACUACUCUUGCAAGCCAGCAAUUACAAAGGUUAUAAAUAGGGUUACUCUAUCCCUGGAUUCAGGAUUGUUUAUUGGCUUUGCAUUCUUUGUUGCAGCUCUUUAUUUUGUAUAUAAAGUUUUCAUGGAGGUUCUUCAUCCAAUUUCAUCGUUUGAUGAGUUGACCCUAGCUCCUUUAGAUCACCGCCCAUAA